UUAAUUUUAUAAUUUACAAUUUGUAUUGUAACUGUAGUUUCUUUUAAGUCUUGCAAUAAUUUGUGAAUACAUACAUAAUACAUAAUAUUAUUUACUACAUACUGGUUAGUAAUAUCAUAUCAUCUUAACUAAAAUUGGUAUUCCAAAUAGUCAACAAUUACAACAUUUUCAGUGCAAUAUUUUUUUCAACCAACUGUUAUGAAUAAUGAUUCUGGUAUAAUUAGCUUUCAACAUUGUAAUCAUAAGAACAUAUACUGUAUAAACAUUCCAACUAAUUGUCCUGUUUGCAAAAUAUGUUUAAAAAAUUUGCAGAACAUUCCAAUCAGAGUUCCUUAUCCUUUUGUAAGAGCAUCUCAGCAACCAUGCGCUAUUAUCGUGAAACCAACUUGUGGGAAUUUUUUAAAUAACUACCAAUUAAUGGAUGAUUUACAUAUUGGAGUAACAACUUCAAGAGGUACUGUUAUAUCAUAUGAUUGGAAUGGAAUCAUUGAGGAUACAGAAAACUGGCAAGGAUGUUUAGUGGUGUUUCAACUAAAUGACCAUUGUAUGGAAACACAUUGGGAUACUAUAUUAACAGAUAUAAUAAAAAAUGAGUGUUGGAACAGUUCUAGAUACAACGAAGAGGAUCACAAUUGUUUUUCGUUCAUAAUAGCUUUUUUGAAACAGUUUAACACCUUCAAAUCACCGGUACAUCAUAUCGAAACGAGAGAAGACUUUGCAGAAUUAUAUGUAGCUCCAACUACGAUAAAAGCUUAUAAAUAUAUUUAUCUUUACAGAAAAAUAAUAGAAAAUGGUUUCUAUAUUUACAGUCAACCGUCGAAUGAAAUAUUGUCUAUACAAUAAAAUUGUAUAAUAAUACAAUUACUGUACAUAUAUAAAGUUUUUCUAUUUUAUGUUUAAUAUAAAUAUCAUUUCAUUUUUGUCA